AUGGAUCUAAUCAAGUAUAUCUUUGGAAAGCCAGCUCUCACUGGGAGAAUUGCUCGUUGGCAAGUAUUUUUAUCUGAAUAUGACAUUGUGUACGUCACUCAAAAGGCAAUCAAAGGCAAUGCUCUAGCAGACUACCUAGCCCACCAGCCAGUAGACGACUACCAGUCAAUGCAAUGUGAAUUUCCUAAUGAAGACAUAAUGACUUUGUUUAAAGAAGAAGGGUCAGGAAAGGAAAAAUGGAUAAUGUUAUUUGAUGGGGCCUCAAAUGCAUUGGGACAUGGAGUUAGCGCUGUGUUAAUCUCCCCAGAGAAACACCAUAUCCCAAUCACAGCAAGGCUAUCCUUUGAUUGUACAAAUAAUGUGGCAGAAUAUGAAGCAUGUGUCCUAAGGAUCCAAGUAGUUAUAGAAUCAAAGGCCAAGAUUCUUAAAGUAUUCGAGUUGAUAAAGCAAUUUGACAAAAUCACCUUUCAUCAUAUCCCACGGAAGAAUUAUCAGUUGGCAGACGCAUUAGCUAUCCUAGCAUCCAUGUACGAAUUGAGCAACGAAAAAGAUAUGCCACUUAUAAAGAUUCAGCGUCGUGAUCAGCCAGCCUAUUGUCAACUAGUAGAAGAAGAGUUAGAUGGACAACCAUGGUACCACGACAUCAAGCAGUAUAUCCAAAAUAAAAAGUAUCUGUCAGAAUCUUCAGAGAAUAACAAAAGAACUCUAAGAUGA